AUUUAUGGCCCAAAUACCUCAACAUUGACAUUUUUGAAUUUAAUUAUUAAGAAUCUUGGUUGAAAAAUGGAGACAAGUCCAAAGAGAAAAAACAAACACUCUGUGAAAUCAUCGCAUAACAGAAGUAAGCCAUCCAAGACGAAUUCCCCGUUCUGGAAGGUUUAUUCUUUCUUCAGAUCAAACCUUAUUGUAACCACAUUGAUCCUCGUCCUAUUGUUGGCAUUUGUCCUUAAAUAUUACGAAGAUGUGCACGAUUCCUACAGUAAUUUCAAGAAAAUGGACGAGAAUAUUUACGAAAUCCUCGAGGUGCCAAGAGACGCCAAGGACUCUGAGAUCAAGGCUAAAUAUCGUGAAUUGUCAUUAAAAUGGCAUCCUGAUAAGAAUAAAGACUGCGUUGAAUGUGAAAAACGUUUUUUAAAAAUUAAAGAAGCAUACAAGAUUAUAUUGAAUCCAUAUCUGCGUGAAAUAUAUGACAAAACAAGCGGAUAUACAGUUGAUGUGAUACCCUCAAAAACAGUUAACUUGACUCUUGCAGACUACCAAGAGCUUGUUGGACCCAACGUCUGGGUAGUGCAAAUAUACUCAGACGAUAACGCUCGUUGCAAGGCUUUUUCAUCACUUUGGGAUGAAUUCGCUACAAAAUAUCAAAAAUUCGCUAAAUUCGGAAGAAUUAACUUGUUUUUGGAACGCAAACUUUUGAAAAAACUAAAUGUUAACCCCAAAAUCCAUCCAGCUUUACUAAUGCUACACAAUAAUAAAUACGAUUUGUUUCCAAAUGAUGUGUUAAAUAACUUGAACGUAUUGAGCGGUUACUUUGUAAAAAAUUACCCAUUCACCUGCAAACACGUGAAAAGCUACAAAGAAUUUAAAAAUGUAAAUAAGAAGAAUAAAGUCCUGUUAUAUAAUAAAAGGGGUGGAAGUGACGCAGAUGUUCCAUUGAAUUUGAAAUACUUCUGCAUGAGGUUCAACAAAGUGCUUGGCAUGUUUUACACGAGUAGCGACGUGAAGGAGGAGGUGGCUGAAGAAGUUAUGAACACAGACGCAAAACAAAAACUAACUGAAUCGAAGAAUACACUUUUUGUAGGAUUUUACGUCAAUAACGAGCUGAAGUACAUGUUGAACAACAAUACGAGUAACUUGACUAAACUGGAAAAGUUAUUCUACACACUAUUUACUUUGAAUAUGUUUGAAAUGGACUCUGAUUUGAACGUGAUAUGCAGUAAAUAUAACAUAAAGGAGCGACUAUGUGUUUUCACGACAAAUGAUAGGUUGGAUUUACACAAGAUGUACAGGAAUUAUGAAAUGUACAACGAAGUGGUGAGGAACUCUGAACCCGAAGAGGCUGAAGAAGAUUUGAAGGUGGAAGUGGAGGAGGUUGAACCUGAUGGAACAGUAAAGCCCAAGAAAGAAGAAAAACCAAACCUAUUACUGUCCAACAGAGAUUUGCAAUUUGUAAAGGUUGACCCCAAAUACAAGUCGGAACUGGGCACUGGAAAGAAUUCAGUGAUGCUUGUUAAUUUACACAAAAAUUCAUAUUGCCUGUUAAAGGACUUUGAUGAGGCUUUGGUUGACAAGCUCUUGAAUGACGAGGUUGAUCUAACUUGGACUAAACUACCAAACAAACUCCAUAAGCUAUUUUUCAACAAGAAUAAAUUUUACGAGAACUUUUUUAAUUACCUUAAAGCGAAAUUAAUGUAAAAUAUUUU